ACUCGAAGGUAAGAGCGUGCGCAAGGCCAUCAAGCGGCUUUGGCCCCACCAGCUACAGCUACAGCAACAGCAACAGCAGAGAAGACGCAGUGUCUUCCAGCUUUGACAUUUCUUGCCGGCGCUCGCACCAAUGGAGAAGGCAGACUCGUUCGCCACCCCGACUACCGUGCAGCGGCAGUUCCUGUCUGCUGUGCUGGACCGCCUGUGGCCAAAACUGGAAUGGCAAGUGGCCAGCAGCGCCGUGCUGGACGUGGGCUGCGGCUCCGGUGACGUCACGGUGCUCCAGCUGCUGCCACGGCUGCCCGUCGAUGUGCGCGUCGUCGCUGCCGACCUGAGCGACUCCGCCAUUGCCCAUGCUGCUUCCAGAUUCGUCGAACCGCGCCUUCUUUUCCUUAAGUUGCACAUAGGCACGCGUCGAAUCCAAAAUACAGCUGUCUGGCGGCUUGGACCAUACUCGAAGGUCUUCUCCUUUUUCUCUCUGCAGUGGGAACAGCGUCAGAGACGGGCAAUAAAGAACAUCAAUAAACUUCUGUGUUCUGGUGGUGAAACUGUCCUUGUAUUAAUGAGUCCAACUGGUUUAUUUGGAACAUACGCGAAUGUGGCAAAGUCAGCCAAGUGGAGCAGCUACUUGAAGGAUUAUCAGCAGUUCCUCUCACCGUACCAGCUCUCAGAUAAACUGCAAGAUGAUCUGAACAUCCACCUGCAGCAGGCAGGACUCUCUGUAAAGACGUGUAACGAACAGGAGAUAGUGUACGUGACUGAAAAAGAGUCAUGUGCAAAAGAAACGCUGGCGGCGAUGAACCCUUUCCUCACCUGCAUCCCUAGGGACGUGAGAGCGACCUUCCAACGGGAUUGUGAAGAGGCGGCGUUCAAGGGUGGCGCCGCGAUUGCUCGGAAUCUCAGUAAGAACAGGACAACGUACACGCUGACAUAUAACGCCCUAGUCGCACACGCACUCAAAGCGUGAAGUGUCCACUCGAUUCCAAGCUGUUCCCAGGUGAAGGCAUGCACGUGCUGGCGUCUAUCUCAGAACUGCUGAGGAAGUCACUAACACUCGUACCUCAAGUUAAACGCAUGCAUAAAAAUGUCGAUACAAGUAGAUGCAUGAUUUGCUUAAACAGUAAUGGGCUAGUAGGUAAUAUUGGCAGUUUUUUGUGGGCAUUGCAAUGGCGAACAUUGUGUCUACUGCUACGUAACUUAUGUAACAUAUUUUAAGUCGGAGCAUGCGGUGGAUCAUGUAUUUUGUGCUGUUUGUGUUUAACUGAGAGAAUUCCAGCUAUCGGACAGA